AUGACAAUGGAUGCCACUGCAGAAGAAGUGGAGUAUCUUUCUCGUGAGAUUGUGAAAAAUUCUCGUCCGAUUUCGUAUCGAGAGUUUUCGCAUCUGUUGGAUAUUCAUCUUUCGCGAGCUAAACUCAUUCUUUACGAAUACUACAAAAAGAAUCAAUCGACACUUUCAGCUUCGUUCUUGAUUUCUGGCAUUGGUAAUGAUGGGUGCCGAUUAAUACAAUUCUGCGAAAAUGAGAAGAUAGCAGAUGAAAGAGAGCGAGAGUUUAAGCAAAUAUCGACGAUUCAUAUAUAUUGCGUGCAUAAAAAAGACUCAAGUUUCACAUUGAAUGAUCUUGCGUUGGAAGGAUUGAAAACAAGGAGCUCUUUGGAUGAAAUAGAAAAGUAUGAAAAGAAUGGAAUAAUAAUUGGUCCAAAACUAAGCUUUGCACAAGCAACACCAUUGAGCAGUGUACCUGCGUCGUCGCCAGUUGUUAAAACUCUUGAAAAGGAAGCAAGGAAACAACCAUCAUCAACGGUGAAGAGUGCCGGAUUAUCAUCUUCUUAUGUUUCUAGAAAACAACAACAACAACAACUGCAACAGACGAUGCCGGAAAAAAAGAGUGCAUUGACCUAUACAUCGCGCAAACCUAGCUCAUCCAACACUACUAAUGACAAGAGUAAUUCUAUACCCCAAAAACGAGCCCAUACCGAGCCUGAAACCCCGGUACUGAAGUACCAGUAUAAAUCGCGGAAACUUGAGGCGAAGCAGCCAAGAGAAAGAGUUAUUGUUAGUUCACACAAUCCCGAAGAUGAAGAAGAAUUAGAAGAGGAAGAAGAAGCUCAGGGAGAAGAGAGUGGUGGUUUUGAAUUCGAUAAUGAGAAGGGAGAUGGAGAACGACAAGGAAUAAAAGGGUCAUUUAAGGAGACACGACCACCACCGAAAACCAAACUUAGUGAUAUAUUCAACGAUGAUGACGAUGACGAAGAUUUCGAGUUUAGUGAUGACACCAAAAGCCAGGUCAUUGAAGAGGUAAAAUUGGAAGACGAUGAGAGUCGUAAUGAAACCGAUAAAGUGAGAACUAAUGACACAGUGGAGACUGGCAAGCAAGAAGAUGACGAUGGUGAUGACGAUGACCAAUUGUUUGUCAGCAGUCAGGAGCCAGCAGUUACGGAAGAAGGUGAGGGAGAACUUAGAAAUGAAAAUAAUACUCAAGCGGCUGAGAAUGCUAAUGAAGAAGGGGAUGAGGAUGGGGAUCUUGUUGAAGAGUUGGAUGAAGAAGGAUACACUGUGGUGAAGCGGAAGCCAAGACCAGUCACUAGACCUAAAUAUUCUACCAAUUCAAGAAAAACAUCAAAUAGGGCUGCGCCUCAAUCACUGAAACCUGCGGGUAAGAAAGCAAAUGAUGGAAAUAAGAAAAAAACUCAAUCAUCGCUAAUGAGUUUUUUUGGAAAGAAGUGA